AUGGCGUGGCUAUCCAUGUUGUCCACCGCUGGCGUCUUGUUGUGCACGUGUUUCGGAUAUGUUGUUCAUAUUGUCUACAACCAUCGGCGCAAGAUCAAUGAGCUUAGAAAACAGGGCGUGCCGAUGCCGAAAGAGUGGAGUUGGAUCACAGGCCACCUACUCGUGCUCCAGAAAUACGUGGACCAAAUCCCUCCCGACGCAGCGGUUGCGUUCGCCAUGCGAGAUCUUUGUAAGGAGCACGCCGACACUGAGCUCUUCCUGAUGGACUUCUGGCCAGUGUAUCCUCCUUUGUUCACAGUCUUCGGCCCUGGACCCAUCAGCCAAAUAUGCAACAAGUACAAUCUUCCGAAGACUGCUGUUUCCUCCCGGUUUAUGCAGCCGAUAACCGGUGGCCCAAAUCUAAUCUCCAUGAAUGGAGACGAAUGGAAAUACUGGAGAUCCUUGUUCAACCCUGGCUUUAGUACUGGAGCCAUGCUUAACAACGUUCCUCACAUCGUUGACUCGGUCCUGGUGUUUCGCGAGAAGUUAAUUCAGAUGGUCGAAAAAGGGAUGUUUUCUUUGGACGAGUUAACGACCAGACUCACCAUGGAGAUCAUCCUGAAAGUCACGUUAUAUAAUGGGCAUGUGAUGAAUAAGUACAUUCGCCAAGAGCUGGAGAGGCGGUUUCAGGAGACCAAGACAGCACAUGCAGUGGGUGCAGAUGGAACACAAAGAAAACCCAAAUCUAUCAAGUCUGUCACCACGCUUGCCCUCGAAGCAUACAUGGCUGAGACUCCAGAGGUGGAUAUUCUCCACAACGACAAACUGGACGAGAGAUUUGCACACUACGCAACGUGCCAAAUUCGACUUUUUCUUUUUGCAGGCACGGAUACAACAUCCACGAUCAUAGUCUACAUCUACCACAUGCUUGCCAAGCAUCCCGAAUGGCUCAGGAAAUUGAGAAAUGAGCACAAUGAGGUGUUUGGAAAAGACCCCGACGUUGCAGCUAGCGCUCUGAAAGAGAACCCCAGCCUUUUGAACAACUGCAAGCUCACCGUGGCAUUCAUAAAGGAGGUACUACGUAUAUACGGGCCGGCUGGGACUUUGCGCUCCGGACUCCCGGGAUUCACUGUCACCGACCAUCAAGGAAACGAGCAGCCCAUGGAGUACGCUGGCGCGAAUGUGCUUCACCAAGCACUACACACUAAUUCCCGGGUAUGGCCGAGAGCAAACGAAUUUCUGCCAGAGCGAUUUCUCGUUGGGUCUGAAGAUGAGUUGCAUGCGGAUCCAGCAGCCUACCGACCUUUCGAACAAGGUCCUAGAAACUGCAUUGGGCAAACUUUGGUAUGGAACGAACUUCGUGUGGUUGUCAUUCUUACCUGCAGGGAUCUUGAGAUACGAGAUGCCUAUGAUGAUUUCGAUGCGAAAAUGGAGAGCGAGAUGGGCGUGGUCGAGAAGAUGAAGAGGACACUAUUCGGGCAACCCAUCAAGACGGUACAUGGGGAGCGGGCAUAUCAGACGGACUCAGGGGGAUUGCACCCUGCCAAUGGAUAUCCCUGUUAUGUCAAGUGGGCAUAG